CGCUGCAUGAAUCAAGACAACGAAACAGCAAAAGAAACGGCAGAGGAAUUGAUAGUAAAACAGCAAUACUACUUGCGUCAAAAGAUGUUGCAUAGAAUUUUGGAGAAGUUUGGACGGAAGAACGAACUGACGUUAAGAUUGUUUGAUGAUGUAUGCAGUUAUAUAAGGAGCAAGAAUGACAAAAUAGUGCACGUUUUCCCGUCAUAUAAAAUACAUUCUGACAGAGAAGUAGUCUUUGUGAUCUUUGUGAAAGAUCUGUUGUCAAAAAAAGAAGAGGACGAGAUAGGAUAUACUAUAAAACAACGUUUGGUCGACCAGUUCAGUCCGGAAGGAAAAGACGUUAUGACCAAUGAAACAACUUCAGACGAAGCUUUAACAUUAGACGAAACGAAAAGGUUGAAAGAUUGUAUAAACAUGCAUGCGACAGACCUUAUGCAACGUCACAAGUAUCUUUCGAUUAUUACAGCAAGCCCUGUACGUUCGAAGAGUUAUGGAACACACGAUUUUAAGAUUCAGAAAGAGCCAUGCAUUGUUCUAUACGUUCAUACAAAAGGUUAUAUUCCUCUUGAUGAAGAUCCAUUCGAACGAAGAUAUGUCGGUGUACCUGUGGAUGUUAGGGAGGGUAUGUUUGUAACAUGCCCUGGUUCAAGCGUUCCCAAAGCAAAAGAAUAUCAUGAACCAUUAAGAAUGGGCUGUGAUAUUGCUGGUAAGAGUAAAAAGCAGAGUGGAACCCUUGGCGGAUUCAUUGAGCAUCCACAGUAUGGUAUUUGUGGACUUACAUGUGCGCAUGUUUUAUUAAAUUUUGAGUAUUUUAAAAAGUUAAUAGAAAAGGAGGAUAGAAGGAUGCAUUGGCCAGAGUUUAAUCCAUGUGAAGCAGUUUACCAACCAGGCGACUCCGACCAUCAGAUUGGACAGCUGGUACAAGCCGUAUAUCAAGAAGGUGGCAAAGAUUUUAUCGGAGUAGAAGUUGCACUGUUUCAGAUAGAACAGCGUCCUCCAGCCGAGGGAGAAUUUCCUUCCACGCUAAAUGGAGCCGAUGGGGAAGAAUUGCGGUUUAAUUCUGGGAAAACGUAUGGAUUGUCCCGAAUAAACAAAUGGCCCGUCGUCAAAUUUGGAAGAACUACAGAUAAGACAAGCGGAAUCUUUGUUUCGACUCUGCCUUUAGUUUCUGCAAGAACUAUGAAAUACAUAUGGGAUGACGGUGAAUGUAGCAUUACCCUUCAUAAUCAGUUUGAGAUACAGUCAGUUGAGUCGAAUAAAAAAUUUGCAGACUUCGGGGACUCUGGAUCUCUUGUCUUUAUGAAAGAUGAGACUGGUGAAUAUGUAUGUGUCGGUAUGGUUGACGGUGUUACUUCAUAUGGGAUAACAAUUGUCACGCCUAUAACUCCAAUUCUAGAUCAAUUCAAAGUAUUUAGAUUAAAAAGUUUUCAGGAAAAAAUAUUUGAAAGAUAUGUAACGAACACGUUACAGAUUAUUUUAGAUAAAUUAAGUUAAAUUAUGUCAGGAAAACCAGGAAAAACUAAUUAAUUAAUAAGGACAACCUAUUUGACCAGACAAGCAAUGCAUUUGAUGGUUUCUACACAAGUGUACUUUUAUCACCUUCUUUCUAUAAUGAAACAUAUAACUUAAUAAUGAUCCUGAAAACUUUACCCUGCAGGCCUUUGUGACCCAAAUGGCAACAAGGCGCAACCCAUCUGUUUGUUCAACAUUUUUUUAAUAUUUUCAUUCGCUAUGUAUUUUAUAUAAAAAACCGUGAUUUGUCGUUGAUUCAAAUCAAUGUAUGGAGUUCAGAUUCGAUGAAAUAAUAUCACAAGGAUGCAACACCUACGAACAAAAAAUGAAUUUAUUUGUUUAUGUUAGAUUCUAGUUUAUUUAAGGUCUAUUGUGAUGAAAGCUUCAAGCGUUGUACCACUCUCGAGUCCGCUUAAUGGGUAUUCUAUUCAAGAGUAAAUAACUGUUUGGGAUUGUAUCACGUUAUCAGGGAUUACACAAACAUUUGCCUGUUUUGUUUGGUUUCUUUUCCAACGCGCCGUUGUAACAUUUUGACGCUCUAACCUAAUCAUUGUGACGUACAUAAAUGAAUUUUUGCAUAAUAAUAUACACUUUUCAGUCUUCUUUGUUUAAUAAGAAAAACAAAUCGGGUCGGGUAAUAAUUUGUGUAAACAACUUUGAUGCAACAAUAUCAUAGACAACUCUUCCCGCGAGACUACACUUGAGAUGUGACGUAAUUAACAAACUAAUAAACAAAAUUGCGUCGUGCGACCAAUGGACAUUGAAGUAGUCAGAAAAUCUGGUUCUGUAUUGCUGCUAAAUUAUGGAAUAAUGAAUCAUUUUAAGAUGUGGCAGUUAUGUGUGUUUUGGUUUAGAUUUAUGCUGAUUGUAUUGAGAAAAAAAAUCUCGACCAUUAUACUUGGAAGUUUCAAGGAUUUAGUUUUAAUGUCUGCAUGCAAGUAAUUGCUCAAAAGCAGUUACAGUGGUGAUGUUUUUUCAAGACAGAUAUUUUUUUUACUGUAUCAAUAUUUUGUAUUUUUAGGUAAAAGGACUUCAAGUACGUUGUAUGAAAUAUCUGCCUAAAACGGCAAUCAAAAUGAUAGACAGAAUAUUCAGUUAAAGAUCUAGCUAAAACCCAUUCUUCUGAAGGUAAAUAUAAAAACUUAUAUGACACGACUAUGUAAUUUUCAUUGAAUUUAGGGAUAAUCUUAUUUAAAAUUAAAACCGGGAACUGUUUUUUUAAUCGAAAGGCGAAUUACAAGUUAACGUA